UUUGUUAAACUCGCACACACCAGCAGCCGAACAAGAAAGAAGGACGUCGUUUUCGUCGACUGUGCUCGGGCUUUUCGAAUAUCUCGCGUGAAAAGUGGAAUUUGUUGGCUAAUUUCGAGUUUACCCGUUGUUUAACUCCGUCGAAAGUUGGUGCGAACCGUGGCCAGUUCCGGUGGGCACCGGAAGCAUCUGAAUUCGGGACCGGGUCUCGCGUUUCCGGUGUGUAAAAUAAUAUUUGACUGAAACACUGGUUUCAGAAAAAGUCGGUCGGUGACGGUGGAAAAGAAUGUGAGCAAAAGUUUCUUUUUCAUUUUUGGCCCAUUAUUCGUCUUUUCGUCUGGCCGUUUUCAGUCGUCGACUGCUUGGAUAGAGAUUUUUUUCUCGAAAUUUACACGUUCUACUUUCGCGUCAAUUCAACCAUUGGCCUGGUGUUUUCCUUGUCCCGAAAUCCUUGGUGGAAAAUAUUGUUAUUUGGACCCGAGGAAUCAAGGAAAAGUCAACCCAUUUCAUCGGAAGCCCGUGUGGAAAAGCUAAAAUGAGAAAAGCAUAAGAAGAUUGGUGAGGGAAGAAGAAACCCGUGCAGCAGUUCAGUGUGAAGAAGGAGGAAAAGUAGGAGAAAAUGUGUGAAAUGCCUACCAGUGGUGUUUAUGUGUCGAAAAAUUGGGCGCUUUUCCAGCUGAGAAAAUUCGGACGCAGCGAAAAUCCGCACUUUGCGACGACAGACAAAUAUGUCAUAGAGUGAAAAUUAAAAGAUUUUUUUUUCUGCUGUCUAGGCAGACAAACAGACAAACUACAACAAAAAGCAGUAUGGUCGUUUCACACCUUUCAGUGAAGAAAACAAAACUCGUAAAUCGUCGAUGGUGAAAAACUAAUCAUCGUUCCAUCAACAAAAAAUUUCAUCAAAUAUCGACAAUUACUUUCUUCUGAUAGUGUUGUCUUAAAUCUAACGCAAUGGGAGAUCGCGAUGUACCAAGCGUCCCAAUCACUACACUGGCUGGUCUGACCAGUUUAUCGGAUUUACUAAGUGAGCUUCCUAUUUCCGAUUCUUUAUCGACCAUUUCAACGGCUCUCAAUCGAUCGCUGCUGUUCCAUCCACGAGUGGCAGAAGAGGCCAACAACCUGCUCGCAACCAGAGAUGACAGUCUCAUUGGGCAGCUGGCUAAUGCUAUCGAGCAAACAAAUUCAGAUCACAUCGAACUGAAGGAUCAGUAUGCCCACCAUUCUCCCGGUAAGCAGCAACAUCUGCAGGAAGGUCCUCUGCUGCUCCAAGCGAUCCAUUCCUGCCGACCGGAUGUGUUUAACAGACCUCAGGUGUCGACGCAUCAUCAGCAAUCUCAACAGCAGCAGAUAUUGAGCGCACAACAGCAACAAAAACUAAUAUCCACAUCACAAACACAACAUUCAAAUUUUUCAAGUGAUCACUAUACUUCCGUUCCGAUACAACAUCUUCACCAACAGCAGCAGCAACAGGCUAUUUUCACUAAUCAAAUUCAGCUACCAGUCCAACAACAACAGCAUAACCAGCAGCCGAUUAUUUUAAGCCAGUCUCCUAUAAUUAUCCAGCAUCCUAACACAGCCCAAUCAGUAGUUGUUCAUUCGCAGGCGUUACACAAAACGCCGCAACAACCGUUGGCAGUGCAGGUGACCCAUUUGGGACAACCCGCUUCCAGUGCCACUGUAGUUUCCUAUCAGCAUCCAAAGCAGCAUCAGCAGCAGCAGCAAGCUCAGCCACAAAAAGUUAUCGUCCGACAGCAAAUCAUUAAUCUACCCAAUAUUGCUUACUCCAACUCCUCAGAAAACAGUCAACAGCCGCAACAACAACAAAUCUUCCAACAACAGCAGCAACAAUUCCUUCAACAGCAACAACAGCAGACACCAAACGUUAUCGUAUCUCAUCCAUCGGUCAUCCAAAACCAACAACAGCAGCAUCAGUUUCACAAUCAGCUUCCGCAACAACAACAACUACAACAACAACCAUUGUUGCAUCAACCGCAUCGUUCCGUAAUUCAACAGUCAUCGGUUCCCCAGCAACAACAGUCCGCUUUAGCAGCUGCUAGCACUUCCUCGAACGUGCUUCCACAACACAAUUUGCUGAACCAUGUGGUGGUUACCCAACAACAACAGCAGCAGCAGCAGCAGAUUACCCAUCAACCACAGCAUAUGACCAACAACGUUGUUCAACAGAAUCAUCAAACAACAGGAGGGAUCAUGAAGCCGCAACAACAAUCCCAUCCUAUUGGUUUCGAACAAUCUCAGUUGAAAAAUGGCAGUACCACUGCCCUUCAUAAUCAUCAGUAUCCUCAACAGCAGCAACAACCACCUCAACAGCAACAGCAUCCCAAUCACAUCAUCAAAACGCCCGAAGCUGCACCUCGGAACAGUGAAUAUCUGCAGCAGCAACAAAGUAAAAAUUUAGACUCACGGGGUCGUCCUUCACCUGCCCAAGGAACUACUGCUCCUGAAACAGAUCCCGCACAAACACAGCUGCGAAAAGAACAAGCUGCUACUCCGAUGCAAAGGAUAGCACAACAAUCUACAACAGUGACCCCAAACAAACCCCGGCCUCCAGGUGUUGCCGGUGGUCCACCAACAUCGGGCGCACCCGGCACUCCUUUAACUCCAAGGCCACCUGGACAACCACCUUUGACAACCCCCGGAAUAGGUGCUAGUCAAAGGCCAAUAUCUGUGGCGGGAGCAUUACAACGAGCAAAUCUGCAAAAAUCGGCAACAGUUACCCCGGUCACGUCUAUUGGUGUUGGUGGCGCACUGAUGAAAGGACCAUCUAUUACAACGAGCGCUCCUACAACUCCGGCUGCCAAUCAGGGACAGAAACGACCACUAACAGAUAGUAAACCACCCGAACCUAAAAUCGAACGAGUAAAUCUCAAGAAACUUUGUCGUAUGAUGGAUCUCGCCGACGUAGACAGUUUGAAAUUGCGGAAAUGUUCGGCACGGUUGGAAAAGUUGACCAAAGAACAAAUCGAAAUGCUUCAAACUGAUAUACGAAAAUUCAAGGUAGCAGAACCAAAACUAGCCAUGCGGCUAGGGCUAUUGAAGAAGAGCAACGAAAUGAUCUUUAGCAAAAUGAAGGAAGAUGAACGAAGAUUCCCAAGUUUGUUGGCCAAAAGGAAAGCUCAGGAAGAUUCGGGUAAUCCUGAAGAUUAUUUCAGCAAACCAAAGCUUCGGCGUGUUGAACGGAUUUCAGCUCCUAUCGUAAAGAAAUUGUCGAAGGAAGAACUAAUGAACACCAACACGUAUCAAAGAUUUAUGACGAUCAUGGGUAAAAUUUUUGAUCAACUGGAUGAGACAGAAGCCCCAAAUAUGGACGAUGGAGAGGAACAAUUUGAUUGUAUCCCCACAAGUAUGCUAACGAAUAUAGCAGCAGAAGCUGCAAAAUUGAAGGCCCGCAAUGCCAUCGAUGCCAUACCAGAAAAUAAGCUAAACUUGCUCAUCACCUACGCUAUGCGAUCUGUUCAUUCUGCGAAAAAUCUCAGCGGUACUGAACUCCAAGAUGAUCUGGUUGGCGAUGAAUGUAUCGAAAAAAUCCUUAAUGCCGUUGAAGCAGCACUUUUGAUCUGUUCAAUCUACACUUGCAAAAACACGAAAUUUCUACAAGAAGAUAAUAUUGAUGCCAUUAUAAAGUUUGUGCAGUUUCAGCUGCGAGAAACAGUAUUUCCUUCGUACGAUCCGGUUUAUUCGGUUGAAGCUAAGAAAAAAGUGGACGGGAAAAAGUCUAAGAAAGUUCCAAGCUACCAACAAAAAGGACUCUCGGUUCUAUACACAAAAAUCGUUGAGCUUGGUAAACUGCUGGUAACGAUGUUCGAAAAAUUUCACUUUGUCGAUACAAUCGUUAUCCAUGCUUCAGCCCUAGGCGUAGAACCUUUUUUCGUGGACAACAUCGAAACACUGCAAUUUGUGUGUCUUGAUUUGGUAACGAGCAUUUUCCAGAAUGAAAAGUAUUCUCAUCACCGCCGAAACAUCGUUGCGGACAUUCUCUCGUCAUUCGAUCGCCUUCCACAUUCAAAGCGUAACCUUCGGCCGUACAAGCUAGUAAACAACGCUGGUAAUAUCCAAAUGAUAACAGCUCUCGUGCUGCAGUUGAUUCAGUGUGCUGUGAUGCUUCCGGAGGGCCUUGGAGAAACCAAUCCGAAGAAACAAAACAACGACAACGCUGCUCCUAUCAACAGUACCAAUCCCAAAUCCGCCGACCUUUUUAUAAUUGGAAAAUACGACACGGCACUUAGUUUCGGUGGUAACUUUCUGGCCACAUUUCUGGAAAAGUGUAAAAGUCGAUCGAGUGAAACCGAUUUCCGUCCUCUGUUCGAAAAUUUCAUACACGAUCUACUAACAACGGUAAACAAGCCGGAAUGGCCCGCUUCUGAGCUCCUACUCAGCUUGCUCGGAACCAUGUUAGUGAAGAAAAUGUCAGAUAAAGGAACUGAACAGUCCAUUCGGGUAGUUUCGCUGGAGUAUCUCGGUAUUGUGGCAGCUCGCCUAAGAAAGGAUACUGUUGAAUCGCAUUGCAAGGUUCGAACAAUGGAUGCUCUUAUAAAAUACAUCAAAAUCGAACAAGAAAAAGAAGGUGAUGAAUUCAACAAAAACUCAAAGUUUAAGCUUGAUGAAGAAGAAGAACGUACCGAAUUUCUGCAGAAAAUUCUACUUGAUUUUCUGGCUGCAAACUCACAGGAAGGUAAUGCCGUUUGGAGUCAUUCGAGGCAUUUCUACAUAACACAGUGGUAUCGGGAUAUCAUUCAACGAAAGAAAAGCAUCGCAGAAGGUGAGAAAGGCUACGCAUCCCGCAAGAAGCAGGCCAAGAAACGACGAAAGUACGGAAGUGAUUCAGAAAACUCGGACGGUGGCGACUCUGACAUCGAAGAAGUCAAACCAGGCGUCGACCAAGAACUGAACAGUGAAAUCUUUCGGUUGCUGGACAAUCGAAAAUCCUUCUACCUGACACAAAUAUGUCCUUUCGGGGGAAAGAACGCAAUGGCGAGCGAAAUUAAGACCUACAUUGAUUAUAGCAAUGCAAAUUUGAUAGCCCAGUACCUGGCCAGCAAGCGCUCCUUUUCUCAAAGCUUCGACAAAUACUUGCAGAAAAUCAUCUUGGUGGUACGGGAACCGGUCGUGGCGAUCCGAACCCGCGCCAUGAAGUGUCUCGGUAACAUCGUCGAGGUAGAUCAGAUGGUUUUAACCAGGAAGGACAUGCAGAUGGGCGUCCACCAGAAGUUGCUAGAUACGGCCAUUUCGGUCCGGGAGGCUGCCGUAGACCUGGUAGGAAAGUACAUCCUGUCCGACCCAGAUUUGAUUGAUCAGUAUUAUGAAAUGAUAUCCCAGCGGAUACUGGACACGGGUGUUUCGGUGCGGAAACGGGUAAUUAAAAUUCUACGAGAUAUCUGCAUCGAGUAUCCGGAACAAGAUAAAAUUCCAGAUAUUUGUGUAAAGAUGAUACGGCGAGUUAACGACGAGGAAGGAAUUCAGAAGCUGGUUAUGGAUGUAUUCAUGACCAUGUGGUUCACUCCGUGCAAUGCCAAUGAUAAGGCGGCUAUGGGCAGAAAAAUCACCCAGAUUAUCGAUGUAGUUUGCUCUUCCCAUGAUACUGGUACUCAAGGUUUUGAUGCACUAUUAAAAUCGAUAUUCGAGCCCAAAGAAAACAAGGAGGAUUCCAAGGCGAAAAAGGAAAUUCCUCGAACGCUCAUCAAAGCUUGCCAGCAGAUCGUAGACGGGCUAGUGGAUGCAACCAUGAAGCUGGAAAGUUCAGAAAACAAGAAACUUGUGGGCUGCAUCACGGCACUGCAUAUGUUUUCCAAGGUUCAACCACAGCUGCUGGUGAACCACGCAAUGACCCUCGAACCGUACCUCAACAUACGCUGCCAAAACGCUAUCAACUAUAAGUUUAUUAGCAGUGUAGCGGAGAUUCUGGAACAGGUGGUACCAUUGAUGGAGCAUCCGAGUGAAAUAUUCUUAGCUGAUCUGGAAUCACAUUUGAUGAUGUUGAUUGUAACUCAAAGUCAAGCCGUCGUACUGAGCUGCGUAUCCUGCUUGUCGUCGGUUGUAAAUAAGAUUACCAAGAACUACGCACUGAUACGAGACUGUUUUUCUAAAUUUUACUAUAAGGGUUUAGUAUCUAGCAAAGAAAAGCUCAUGUCCGAUUCAUCAAUACCAAUCGAGCAGCUCUAUCGGCCUCAGUUUCGAAGGAGCAUCUAUACCGUCGGACUUAUUAUGCGGUACUUUGAUUUUAAGCAAUCGGAUGUCUACGGAGGUGGUGAAAAUGCACAAGGUGCAUUACCGGCCAACAUUUGUGAGGACGUUUACAGCACGUUGGCAUUUUUUCUGUCCUGCAGUCACAGUGAAAUUUGCAAAGAAACUCUUUUGUCGAUGGGAAAUUUCUGUGUGAAGAAUUUCGAGCAUCUCACGAAGCAAGAGUUGCGCGAAUACUAUCACUAUCUUCUGACACAGGACACGGUGCUAACCGACAUGAAGAUAACCGUACUGAAAAAUAUUCUAAUGUAUCUCACCGAAGAGGAAAACAAAAUGGUUCGGAACGAUAAAGAAUGGGCUAAGCAAUCACUGACAGAAGACUUAAAGGAGAUGGGAGACGUUUCAUCUGGCAUGGCGAGUAGAGUGAUCCAGAUUUAUCUGAAGGAGAUUUUACGAUGUUUUCUGCAUCGAGACACCGGUGUACGCAUGUGGGCUAUGCGAGUAGUCGAGAUAGUGUUGCGGCAAGGUUUAGUGCAUCCUGUGCAAAUAGUUCCUUAUCUUAUAUGUUUAAGCACGGAUCCGGAGAAAGAGGUUGCACAUAGUGCGGAUCGACAUCUUCAAGAAAUCGACAAGCAGUACCCUGGCUUUGUUAAUAUGAAAUCUCAUGCUGGAAUGCAGUACUCGUAUGAAUUGCAGGUCACACUUCAAGCUCAUGGUAACAACACUAUAGUAAGAGGUUACAGAGUUAAGGAUCCCCAAGAGCCACCGACGGCGAUGAACAGCUUUCUGUACACCCUGUUGCGGAAUACCAAACCUCAACGGAGAGCACUGGUGCAGUCCAUUACGAAGCAAUUUGAUGAUGGAAAACAUUCAUUGCAGCAGAUGCUCUAUCUGGCAGACAAUCUCGCCUAUUUCCCGUAUAUGGUGCAGGAUGAACCAUUAUACAUAAUCCAUCAUAUUGAUGUGUUGAUUUCGGUUACUGGCACUAACUUGUUGGCAACCUUUCGAGGACUGAAACCUCCGCCUGGCGCGGAAAAUAAUCCCGAUCAACCACCAAAUCCACUGGAAGAUGACGAUGACGAAGAUCAGGAAGAGAUUCUGAAACGACUACCGGAUGACACAGAACUUCAAACUUGCAUCACAUCAGCACAGGGUUGCAUCCUGCUGUUAAUACUCAAAACACACUUGAAAGAAAUUUACGGAAUCACGGAUUGUAAAAUUUCUCGAUACUCACCGUCCGAAUCGACUAAAAUCUACGAUAAGGCCAUGCAGCGACGGUCAAAUACUUUGUUUGAUCCGAAGGCGACGAUCGAUCUGCUUCGGCAGAAUAGAGACGUGAAAGCCGAGCAGAGCGAAGAAGAUCGAGUAGAGUUGGUGCAGCGGUAUUUAGAUUUCAAACAAUUGAUGCUCCGACUGGAUCCUGAUGAUCCCGAUUUGCUUGAUGAGGACGAUAAAGCCGCCCCUAAAGGGCAGGGAACGGCAGAAUCGAAUUCAACGACCACGACACCGGUUAAGGGCAACCACCAGAUGAGGGUGGAGGAGGGGCAAAUGGUUGCAACGACCCCUGCCACUAACAACAGCAACGCCCCGCCACAUGUCAACAAUGUAAAUAGUAAUAGUAAUCCGCCGGCGGUGACCCGUACUCCCAAAUCUACCAGAGCGGCUGCAGUAGCCGCCAAUUCGUCGUCCGUAAGGAAAUCGUUACCUUCACGAAGUGCGCGUAAAAAACGACGGAAACUGUCCAGUGAUGAGGACGAAGAAAGCGAUAUCAGUGAUAUGGAUUAUGACUUGAAAAAACGAAACAUACAUAAUUUGCAACUUUCCUAUCCAGGAGAAAGCAAAAUUUACACCCCAAUUCAUCUAACCAGAUAAAAAUCAACAGAUCAGACCUACAAAGACAUAGAUGCAUAUAAUAUAUUGUAUUAUUCAGAGAUAUUGAAUUACAUUUUUUCUGGGCACCUGGAGAAGUCGCCGCCACAUUGAUUAGCAAUACAUCUAUCCGUUUAACAGAGUGCAGAACAGAAAAGCGCCGUGAAUAACUUUGAUAUUCAACGUUGUGAAGAAAGAUUGUUACUUAUCCGAACAAUAACAGCUGUAACGAGCUAGUAACGAUGAUUCUAUCCUGAAGAUCUCAAAUCAAAAUGUUUGUUGAGAUCCACCAACUGGCAAUGUUCGUUGCUUACUCAAGUUGUUUGGCAACUGUUGGUUGGUUCGAAAUAAAACUCAGAACAGGUUCCAUAAACUGACAUGAAGAUCAGAUCCUUUACGGGAAGAAAUCGUUGGUUUAGGUACCCAGUCAUAAAUAUUUUCAAGCAAUUAUCAACGCGUUAAGUAUAUUUUUGGUUCAUUGUGGAAUCCGAAUAGUUCGCACACUGUACUCUUACUUUUCCGCUGUUGUGUAGAUGUGUAAUAGUCUUUUUUGUUUUUUUUUUUUGUUCAAAUUAGAUUAAUUUAAAUGGUUUUAGGUUGCUGCACACGUUUCGCUAUCCACUCGUGCUCGACAAAUCUCAACGUUUAUUUCAAACGACUAAGAAGAAACAAUAUGAAAAUUUCGAAAGAAAUAUUAAAAUACCAGUUGACUGUGAACAAAAUAAAACAUACAAAUCUUUAUAAAAUAAAAACAUCUGUGAAGAACUUGAA